CUUAGUAGGGGUAGAGAAGUCAUAAAUUCCGUUAAGAAACCCCCCCAAAAUCGUAUAUUACACAUAAAUGUGACAACAACAAGGCAUGUUCUAAGUUUUAAGGCAAUUUUAUUGGCAAUGUUUCACAAAAAAUCGCGACUUCAAUCCACUCGUUUUACCUCUAAGAAUAACAGCCGAUUCCAAGCUACGAACAAGCUUCAAAACCAUUGCCAGGGCUACUUAUCUCGGCGGCGAGAUAAGUUCAAAGAGAAAGUGAACUGUCACUCAUCAAUCAUGUCUCAUACCAACAUCACAACAUUGGCCGUAACUAGGCAGGUUUUCGAACAAUGGAAUCGAGCGUUGUUUCACUCCCAUUCUAUUUUAUCAGUUUAUAUAGAACCUAAAUACGAAGUUAGGUUCUGAGAGCGUUCUGGCUAGUCACGAACACUCAAGAGGCUAUGGUUACUCAGUACCGUUCAAAUGUUUCGAGAGUUGAAAACAACGAUCGCGUGGGUUUUUAGACAAGUGAAAUAGAAAUAUAACGAGAAAGGAUUUCGCUGAAUUUCGAGGCAGGAGACAAUUCGCACAAAGAAUGUCGGUCCCAGGAGCGCCCGCGAGGUAUAACUUCACAUUCAAACAUUUCCAACAAACAAGGAGCAAGCGUCGAGAUAAGCGUCUUCGUUUCUGAAGGAUUUACAAGAUUUGACCUUGUCCUAGGGUGUACUAAAUCCCUCAAGGCAGACUCAAGUUUGUUAAGUUCCACAAAACCUACGACAGCAAGCGAGGAUGGCGAAAAUCUGUGAAUAGCAGCGGGAAUAUUCGACUUACAAAGACCCAGACAAAGCACGAUGGAUCAUCUCAAGCUGUGAGUACGUGAGCAUUCUCUUCCUCUUACACGUGAAUGAUUUGUUCUUGGUGUGUCUCAUGCUUUUUGGAAAACUCUUUCGACAACCCUUUGGCAUAGGGCCUAUCCGCACUUGUCGAACAAAGUUUGUCUGGCCCGAACAAAAAUGAUAACAAAUUUUGUCUCGGCCAAAAGUUAUUAGCUAAAGUACAUCCGCACUUAUCGGGCCAAACAAAUUAAUUACAAACCGCCGACGUCAAUCAAAAUGCAUUCUCGUAUUUCUGGCGCGAAUUAAAUUGCACGUGUGGUUUGUUUACCUUUACAAUUCGCCAUGCUUCCAAUGAAUUACAUCGCUCUACUCGUGUCGUUUCUGGCAAUUUAUUCAUAUUAUCGACAUCAGCAACAACUUCUACUUCUUCUUUGCUAUUGGCAAUUUAACGUAAUUCACCAGAACGUCAUUUUACAACGCAUAAAUCGGCGAAGACAACGUUUAUUUCGACCAUACUGGGUUUUGCCUCGGCCAUUGCAGUCAUGGUUUGAAAUUCAUUACCGCCAAAGAAUAAUUCCCGAGAAUUUUUUUUAUCGCCAGAUGAGAAUGAAACGCGUAUCGUUUGACUUGCUGUUGGCAACAAUUACGCCAUAUAUACGCCGGCAAAACACGAGAUUCAGGAACUGUAUUCCUCCCGAGAAAAUAUUAGCUGUAGCUCUCUAUCGAUUAGCGCACGGUGGCGGAUAUGAGAACGCUGGAGUGGCCAUGAAUGUUGGACGUUCUACUGCUUUGGAAGCAUUUGAAGACGUUGUAAACUCUUUGUAUGCACUAAGGAACGAAUACAUAAAAUUCCCGUCCACAAUAGCUGAGACGCAAGAUUCAAUCGAAACCUUUGAACUGCUAUCCGAACUUCCAAACAUCGCUGGAGCGAUUGACGGAACGCACAUAAAAAUUAAAGCACCACAAGAAAGCAAAGCUGAUUACUGGAGCCGCUAUUCACAAUAUGAUGUUGUGUUUCAAGAAAUAGUGAAUGGCAGGCGCAUGUUUAUGGAUAUCGCUGGAGGUUUCCCGGGAAGCAUUCACGACUCUCGAGUUUUGCGUAACACUGGAAUUUAUGAAAAAGCUGAACGUGGGGACGUGCUCAUAGGACCAACUCAAAGGGUAGGCGGUCAUGAUAUAAAACCAUACCUGGUAGGAGACAGUGCCUAUCCCAUCUCUACCUGGUUGCAGAAACCCUAUCCUGAAGGAACAAGAGACCCCGCUGAAAUUGACUUUAAUUACGCUUUAUCCUCGGCAAGGGUUCAAGUUGAGUGUGCAUUUGGCAUUCUUAAAAAUAGAUGGCGUAUUCUUAACUGCAUGGAUGAGUCUAAUGUCGGCAGGAUUUCCAAAAUAGUUAUUGCGUGUGCUGUUCUACAUAACUUCUGUAUAAUGGUUGGCGACGAAUGGGAUGAUGAUGACUUCGACAAUGACGAUGACCAAGGACAAAAUAAUAACAACGCAGGAUUACAGGAUGGAGAACAAAUCAGAGAAAUUCUCAAAAAUAGCCUCUGAUUACAAAUAGUUUUUUUAUUGAUUAAAUAGAAUGUCUCAAUGCAUUCAUUGAUAGAUAAUCAUUAUAUAUAUAUAUAAAUAUGUUUAUAUUCGCUCUAACAAAAAGUUCAAAUCGUUUCGUUACAAUAUAUGUAAUCAGUGUAUGAAUCAAGACCAAUAUUUUAUCAUCGUGAUGCAAUGCUUUCCGCAAGCAUCGAACAUUAACAAAACAAAAUACAUUCAUUGUAUUAGCAUGAUAAACCAAAAGUUCAAUUCGUUUCGAUACAAUAUGUAGUUUAUAUAUGAACCUCGACCAAUAUUUUAUCAUCUUGAGAUCUCUUGAUGCAAUCACUCCGAACGCAUCGAACAUGCAUUAACAAAACAAAAUUGUUAUUGUAUUAUAUAAUAAACAGCAUUAAUUGAAAUACACAAAUGUUUUCAAA